AUGGCCCCACCAGUUAACAAAAGCGACAAGUUCUAUGCGAUCUAUAAAGGUCGUGUUGACAAGCCUACCAUAUAUUCAUCUUGGAGUCAAGCGCACCCAAGAGUCAUAGGUUGCGAAGGCGCCGAUCAUCAGAAGUUCGACACACUCAAGGACGCUCGCAAAGAAAUGGAAGAGAGAGGCUUCGAGGAUAUUGAUAUAUUUGUCAAAAAAUCAGCUGAAAUAAAAGUCACGCCGAUGCGAAAAGGCAAACACUAUGCCGUUGCGGGUGGCAAGAAUACUAGAGUGUUCACUGCUUGGAAGGAUGCGGAAAAAGCGAUCAAUGGAACCACCGCGUGCCAAGAAUGUUUUGGUACUAAGCAAGAAGCAGAAGAGUUCAUUGAGAGUUGGAAAGACGCUUACGCUGACGUAUGGCGAAGGGCAAUUCGACAAGGAUUGGACGAGGGGUGGAAGGUUAGGGACAUGAGUUUGAACAUUGAAUCGUUCUUGCUUAGGGAGAAUGACAGCGAGAUAUUAAGGGAAGAUGACCACGAGACAGCCAAAACGGCUCAAGUCGAACUUCCGAAGAUUGAGCAAUUAUCUGUCAAAGAAGAGUACCAAGUAUAG